AUGACUCAACCAAGCGCAGCCUGUUGCAAAGGUACUCCGAUAUCAUUACAUGGACCAGAAUAUAAACUCUCCGGCGAGUUUAUUGACAUUGACGGGACAAAAUAUUACGUCACUGGACCCGAGAAUGCCACAUCGGCCAUUCUUUUAGUCUAUGACAUCUUCGGUUUUUGGACUCAGACGCUCCUAGGCGCUGAUAUUCUCGCCAUCACCAAGACUUCAUCAUCUCCUCAAGGUAUUAAAGUAUUUGUACCCGAUUUCUUUGGACCGGGCAAUGAAGCAAACAUUGCUUAUUGGCCUGCGGAUACGAACGAUAAAUGGGAUUACAUCUUCAAGGUAUUUGAAGAGCAAGCUGAAAAGAAAAAGAACCUAAAGAAACUCUGGGAUUUUAUGAAUGUAUUGAAGAAAAGAGAUGAAGUCAAGAAUGUAAAGAGUUGGGGGGUUGCUGGAUAUUGUUGGGGCGCAAAGAUAGCGACAAUGGCUUCGCAAGAAGGAACUGUCUUCAAGGCAGGAGCUCAAACACAUCCAUCUUUGGUAGAUCCUGAAGAUGCCAAAUUGGUGACGAUCCCACAAAUUGUUCUACUUAGUAAGGAUGAAAAUAAAGAGCAAUGUAAAGCAUAUGAGAACAAUGUAAAGGUCGAAAAGUACUUUGAGGCUUUCAAUGAUCAAGUGCACGGCUGGAUGUCUUCAAUGUGA